UGAAUGGGUAGCUCUAAGAGGGCAGAGAGGCCACUGGAGGAGGGUGGUUGUCAGUUUGGGCCCGUCGGUCGGAAGGGGAGGGCCACCUCCGGAAAGCUGUGGUUACAGAAGGGGGGAGUUGAUUCUUAGCCAAUAAACCCUGGAUCCCCUCUUUCCCCCUCCCCCAAGCACACCAGCUGUCUCCUUUCUUUUUAUACUGUGGUGGGAAGUAGAGGGGGGCCGCUGGAAAGGAGAUGAUUUGAGGAAGAUGGUCUCCCCUGCUCCCAAUCUGGGGGGCUGUUCAGAGCUAAGUCCUAACACCUCCCCCCAUCCCUGGCCUUCCUCUCCAGGACCUCCUUGAAGAAGGAGGAAUUUAAGUUGAACCUGCCCCUUUUUCCUCCCCACUGUCCUUUCCGUGCAGCUCCCCCUCCCCAGGCCUCCUUUCUCUAUUCACUCCAUUUCUAUUCUUCCAUGCUGUCUUCAGUCCUCCACCCCCUCAUUCUCCCUGCUCUACUUCCUACCUCCGUAGGCCCCAAACCCCAGAGGUCCCCUUUCUCUCCCCCCCCUUCCCCUAUUCUCUCCUCCCUCCUCCCCCAAACCCUAACUGUCUUGUCUCUCAGAACAAAGAAUCCUUUCCUGCCUAAGAGUGAGCAGGGUCCAGAGGUCCGGGGAUGGCCCUGGAGGCUAGGAGGUCCCUUUGGAAUCUCAAGGACCCCAGCUUUGGAGACGGGUGGGAAGAGGGGAGAGAGACUAUUUCUUUGUUCUGGAGAGGUAGCUGGCUUUGUGUGGGGACUAGGGACUAGGGACCAGGAGUGGAGCCCAGGAGGGAGCUGAGACUGCUGGCAGCUUGGGAGGAAAGUUGAGGCAUUGGGGGUCUCCUGGGAGGCUGAAGCUUUUGGGGGCAAAGAAAAAGAUUCUAGGGGUCAUGGAGGUUAGGGAAAGAGGGGGGUGGGGAGCAGGGAUGGGGGAAGGGUGCCGAAAGCUUAGGGAAGUUGCUGAGUGACUGCAGAGGGGUGAGGGGGGUGGUCCUGAGAGAAGGACCUGGGGAUCUGACCGAGGAAUUUGAGGGGGGAUCUGAGCUCAGUCCCUCUGGCUUCCCUGGAACCUGACCUUGGAGUCAGGGAGGGGACAGAUCUGAAGGAGUGGAUCUCAUGUGUGCCCAUGGCCUGUGUAUUGGGGUGUGUGUGUGUGUGUGUGUGUGUGUGUGUGUGUGUGUGUGUGUGUGUCUGCUUAUAGCUAGAUGCUGUGGGUCCCUGUUUGGAAUGGUGGUCACCAAAGUCGGGGGCUCCUUGCUCUCCAGACACAAGGAAGUGUUUUCAUUCUUAGCUUAAGUCUCUGGUGAGAAGUAUUAUCUGGGAGCUUGUGAGCAGGUUGGUCAGGGUUCCUGGAGCGGGUCAGAGAAAUGGUUGAGAGGAGCUGGCUGGACCCUUCUGGAUUUGUUUAUGGCUCUUUGGGGGAGGGGCAGCAGGCAGCAGCUGCCCCCCUCCCAACUCAGCUGGCCUGCCCUGUGCCAGGAGGGCAGGGAGUCCUGGCACAGCUAUUGUUCGCCUGCACAAAUGCCCGUCUGUUUGCAUCACUCCCCCCUCCCUCUGCUUGUCUUUCUCUCCUGACCCGACAGGUGUGGCUGGGUGGGGGGCAGGCUGGGGUCCAGGAUGCCUGGGUCUCAAGGUCUCCAGCCAGACUUUAUUCCCUUCGGCCCUUAGCGCCCUGUUUUGCUUCCCCAGUGUGCCCACCCCCAUUGUCUGAUGUCUCAUCUUCAUUCAUCAAGCAAGUGUUUAUUAAGUGCCUUUGUGUGUUCAGCAAUGUCUUUUUGUGUUAUGUUUCUGGCUUUGGCAUUAGUGUUUCCUUUUGGCUGCCUUCUCCUCAGCCCCCUGCCUUUAUCUUGUCCCUGGAAGCUCAUAAAAGAGAGCAGAGCCUGGCUGAGGCCAUCCUGAGCCCUCUUCUCAGUCCCGUGGCCAGAAACCCUCCCUUUCCUCAUUUCCCAGCCCUGCCCCCCAUCCCUCAUGACUCAGUGCCCCUUGCAGCCUAGGACUCUGACCCCUUGCCACCUCGGGUCUAAGCCACAGAUGAUUCGAAAUCUAGCAGAACCCUUUAGGGAAACUUCUGGUCACCAAAGGGUCUGGACAGAGGGGCACUGCCUUGCGGGAGGGGCUGCUGCCACUUGCAGCUGGAGCGGAGGCCAUUCUGAGCACCACGUGGCUUCCCCCAGAGCUCUUGGUCUGCAUAUACCUGGUGGAGAAACAGGGACAGCUGAGAGCUUAGACUUUGCUUUAAGCAGCUCUCAUUCUUCUGGGCCGGCUCCGUCAUCCUCUGCUGCCUGCCAGGGAGCGCAGGAAGCUGAAGUCCAGGCUUUGGCAUUCCUUGGCCUUUACGUAUGUCACUGUUUUUCUCAUCUCUCGACCUGGGAGACAAAAUAUGGAGAAAGGAGAAACUUCCUUUGAGCCUUUGAGCCACCAGCCUCAAUGCCCUCAGCCAUUCUCUGGGCUUUUCUCUCCCCGAGAUGACCAAGAUCUGGGAGGACAGUGGAAGGAAGAUUUAGGUUCGUCCUCUAAUCUCCUUCAGAGGAUACCCUUGGGCCCUAAAUUCAAAGGGAUCAGAAGGAGAGAAGUUCAGGGUGGGAGGGAGAAAAGAAUAAACAAGAAAGGAGGAGGCUGAAAUCGCUGAGGCUCUGACAAGAAAUGAGGGAAUCAUAGAGCAGGGGCGAGGGUCCUGCGGGACCCCAUGUCCUGCUGUCUAUCCCAUUCUUCCUUCUUUUCUUCCUUUCUUUCCAAACAUAUUAUGAGUGCCUGUUGUAUACCAGCCAUUGUGCUCGUAUACACAUUUUUUUGUUUUGCUUGCUUUCACGCGCUUUAUUCACAUCAUCCUUGAUGCAGCAGUGGCAGGCAUGAAGCCUGUGUUAGCAAGAAAGACUUUCUGUGAGGGUUUGAUAGAGAGCAAGACUCUGGACACUGGACAAUAGAGGUCUGAACCAAGCAGGAAGGGCCUCUGAGUGUUGGGGUGGGUGGUGCGGAUUGCCGAGUCAUGGGCCCUUUUCUUGGUGGACUGAUGGGAGCAUGAAGGUGAAGGGCUGUCCUGACGGUGGGAAGGCAGGUAACUGGGAAACUGAUGGGACAAUCUUAAGAAUACCUGGCAGGAGUAGGACAGAGAACCACACAAGCCCAUUUGCUCCGUCUCUGGAGCAGGCCCUCACCAGCCUGAGCCCUGGGGCGGGUGCAGGCUGCCUCCAGGACAAUAGCACUAGGCAGUGCCAGGGCCGCCUGCUGCUGGGCAGUGUCUGUGUUGGGAUGUGCUGCUGCUGUGGCUGCUGCCCGCUGCUGGCCCACCUAGAGAGAGGGUCACUUGGAGAGAGGGUGAGUGUUGGGGGGUGGAGGAGCUUGAGAUCAGGGUAGCUGGGAUGUCUGUGGGAUACUGAUGCCAGAGAGGGGAAAGGCCACAAGAGACCCUGUUCUCAGGCUGUCCCAGUCCUCUCCUUCUAUCCCCCCCUUCCCAGGUGAGUGCUCCUGGAGGCCUGAGGGUGGAGGGCAGAGGUCGGGUAAGAGGAGCAAGAGUUGUAGCAUUAGGGCAGGUCUGCAGCACUGCCCGUUCUGGAGUUGACCCUGAUCAGACCUGUUGCUUUUUUUUUUUUUUUAAGUAUAGUGGAUUUACAAUAUUAUAUUGGUUUCAGCAUUUUUUACAGAUUAUAUAAACUCCGUUAAAGUUAUUACAGGAUAAUGGCUAUAAUGGCUGUAAUUCCCUGUGCUGUACAAUAUAUAUCCUUGCUGCUUAUCUAUUGUAUACAUUGUAGUUUGUAUCUCUUAAUCCUGUACUCCUAAUAUGCCUCCCUCCCCAUGUUGCUUUUUUUUUCUCUUUUUUUUGCCAAACCUGUCGAAUGCGGAAGUUCCCAGGCCAAGGCUCAAACCCACACCACAGCAGUGACCCAAGCCACAGCAGUGACAUCACCAGAUCCUUAACCUACUGUGCUGCCACCAGGGAAUUUCCCCAUGUUGCUCAUUUUAAUAUGAUUUUCACAUUUUUUUGGUUUGCUUGCUUCUAAUUCAAACAUAGUAAGUGUGGAAACUUUUAAAAUCUGUGUCAUAGAGAAGCUUGGUGGCGGGGGGCGGCGGUGGGCAGAAGAGGAGGGAGAAGGGAGAGUAUAGGGUAGUGAGAAGAGAUAUUUAGACUGGGACUCGGAGGUCCUAUAAGGCUGUUAUUCAGAGGAGGAUUUGCUCUAAAGAGCUGUAAUUUGAAGUAAGGCAGAUGGAGGUUAGACCCAAGGGAGAAUUUUCUAGUGGUCCAGAUAGGUACCAGAAUAGAAAAAGGGAGGCUAGAGCUGAAGGUUGAUCAGCUUCCUUAACAGGGCCUAGGAGGAGGGGGCGGGGGGAAAGGCCAAGAGUAGGAGAGGAGAAGCUAGGGUGAGAAAGGGGAGGCCAAGGCGGGAAGCCGUGGAGUAGAGGAGGGGGGCCAAGGGGAUGGGAAGAGAAGGAGAAUGAGAGAGAAGGAGAAAAGAAAAACGGUGAUCUUGUGGGAAUGACCUUAAGACCUCUGGGCUCUGCUCAUCAGCAGACAACCCUGGAGCUUCUGUGGGGAGACAGGAGAGAGAAAGAUCUUGGGCCACCAGGAAGCCCUGAGACCCUAGGGCAUGGCAGCCUAGUGCCCUCUGGCCCCUGUGCUGUUGACUCAGCCCAUCCACACUUCCCUUUUCGAGCUGUGCACCAGGCCAGUGUGGUUCUUCCCCUCCCCCGCCUCUAACUGCUUGUGUGGCUGCAGCUGAGAGUCAGGACUAGGCCCCUAAGGUCCAGGGUGGGGACUCUUCUCUGAGUUCUGAUUCUCUGUCCCAGAGACCCAGCCGGUGUGCUGUGAUUUGGGGCCCAUCUCCUCAGCUUCUACCAUCUGGAUCGUGCUCUCAGUCCUGUUAAAAGUGGAAGAAAAAUCCACGGACUAAGGAAGGUCCUAGAAUAGGUGGAAAGAAUGGUGUCCCAUCUUCUCCCCUCCUCAGGCUUUGGGAGAAGCUCAGGGGCUUGAGGAGGGCAGAGAAGAGGUCAGGGAGAAUGACCUGAUUUGCAGAGGUCAGGGGGAUGCAGGAGAAGAGAGAGCUGGUGGGAAACGGCCGCCUCUGAGCUUCUUUGGAAAGGCCCACAGUGCGCCCCAUCUCAAAAGAGCCCAGAGCAGGAGGAACUGACGUUGCAGCUGGAGGAUGGAAGACCCGGGAAAAGGAGAAGAUGAAGGAAGCCAAGGAUGCUCGCUAUACCAACGGGCAUCUCUUCACCACCAUCUCCGUUUCAGGCAUGACCAUGUGCUAUGCCUGUAACAAGAGCAUCACAGCCAAGGAAGCCCUCAUCUGCCCAACCUGCAAUGUGACUAUCCACAACCGCUGUAAAGACACCCUCGCCAACUGUACCAAGGUCAAGCAGAAGCAACAGAAAGCCGCCCUGCUGAAGAACAACACUGCCUUGCAGUCUGUUUCCCUUCGCAGUAAGACCACCACCCGGGAGCGGCCCAGCUCUGCUAUCUACCCCUCCGACAGCUUCCGGCAGUCCCUGCUUGGCUCCCGCCGCGGCCGCUCCUCCUUGUCUUUAGCCAAGAGCGUUUCCACCACCAACAUUGCUGGACACUUCAACGAUGAGUCUCCCCUGGGGCUGCGCCGGAUCCUCUCGCAGUCCACAGACUCCCUCAACAUGCGGAACCGCACCCUGUCAGUGGAGUCCCUCAUCGAUGAAGGUGCAGAGGUGAUCUACAAUGAGCUGAUGAGUGACUUUGAAAUGGGCGAGAAGGACUUUGCAGCAGAUUCCUGGAGCCUUGCUGUGGAUAGCAGCUUCUUGCAGCAACAUAAAAAGGAGGUGAUGAAGCAACAGGAUGUCAUCUAUGAGCUAAUCCAGACAGAGCUUCAUCACGUGCGGACGCUAAAGAUCAUGACCCGCCUCUUCCGCACGGGGAUGCUGGAAGAGCUGCAACUGGAGCCAGGAGUGGUCCAGGGCCUAUUCCCCUGCGUGGACGAGCUUAGUGACAUCCACACACGCUUCCUCAGCCAGCUGUUAGAACGCCGACGCCAGGCUCUGUGCCCUGGCAGCCCCCGGAACUUUGUCAUCCAUCGCUUGGGUGACCUUCUCAUCACCCAGUUCUCAGGUCCCAGCGCAGACCAGAUGCGGAAGACCUAUUCGGAGUUCUGUAGCCGCCACACCAAGGCCUUAAAGCUCUAUAAGGAGCUCUAUGCCCGAGACAAACGCUUCCAGCAGUUUAUCCGGAAAGUGACCCGCUCAGCCGUGCUGAAGCGCCAUGGGGUACAGGAGUGCAUCCUGCUGGUGACUCAGCGCAUCACCAAGUACCCGGUGCUCAUCAGCCGCAUCCUGCAGCAUACCCACGGGAUCGAGGAGGAGCGCCAGGACCUGACGACGGCACUGGGGCUGGUAAAGGAGCUGCUGUCCAAUGUGGACCAGGAUGUACAUGAGCUGGAGAAGGGGGCCCGCCUGCAGGAGAUCUACAACCGCAUGGACCCCAGGGCCCAGACCCCAGUGCCUGGCAAGGGCCCCUUUGGCCGAGAGGAGCUUCUGCGGCGCAAGCUCAUUCACGAUGGUUGCCUGCUCUGGAAGACAGCAGCGGGGCGCUUCAAAGAUGUGCUGAUGCUGCUGAUGACAGAUGUGCUGGUGUUUCUCCAGGAGAAGGACCAGAAGUACAUCUUUCCUGCCCUGGACAAGCCCUCGGUGGUAUCACUGCAGAAUCUGAUUGUGCGGGACAUCGCCAACCAGGAGAAAGGGAUGUUUCUGAUCAGCGCGGCCCCCCCUGAGAUGUAUGAGGUCCACACAGCAUCUCGGGAUGACCGGAGCACCUGGAUCCGCGUUAUUCAGCAGAGCGUGCGAGUAUGCCCAUCCAGGGAGGACUUCCCCCUGAUUGAGACAGAGGAUGAGGCUUAUCUGCGGCGUAUCAAGAUGGAGCUGCAGCAGAAAGACCGGGCACUGGUGGAGCUGCUGCAGGAGAAAGUUGGGCUGUUUGCCGAGAUGACCCAUUUCCAGGUGGAAGAGGAUGGCGGUGGUGGGAUGCCCCUGCCCACUCUGCCCAGGGGCCUUUUCCGCUCUGAGUCCCUUGAGUCACCUCGUGGCGAGCGGCUGCUGCAGGAUGCCAUCCGUGAGGUGGAGGGCCUGAAAGACCUGCUGGUGGGGCCUGGAGUGGAGCUGCUCUUGACUUCCCGGGAACCAGCCCUACCCGUGGAAACGGACAGUGGUGGUAACACGAGUCCUGGGGUCACUGCCAAUGGCGAGGCCAGAACCUUCAAUGGCUCGAUAGAGCUCUGCAGAGCUGACUCAGACUCCAGCCAGAAGGAUCGAAAUGGAAACCAGCUGAGAUCUCCCCAGGAGGAAGCGUUGCAGCGAUUGGUCAAUCUCUAUGGACUUCUUCAUGGCCUACAGGCGGCUGUGGCCCAGCAGGACACUUUGAUGGAAGCUCGGUUCCCUGAGGGUCCUGAGCGGCGGGAGAAGCUGACCAGAGCCAACUCCCGGGAUGGGGAGGCUGGCAGAGCCGGGGCUGCCCCUGUGGCUCCUGAAAAGCAGGCUACAGAACUGGCAUUACUGCAACGGCAACACGCACUGUUGCAAGAGGAGCUUCGGCGCUGCCGGCGGCUUGGUGAAGAGCGGGCGACGGAGGCUGGCAGCCUGGAAGCCCGGCUCCGGGAAAGCGAGCAGGCCCGAGCUCUGCUGGAGCGGGAGGUCGAAGAGGCUCGCAGGCAGUUGGCCGCCUUGGGCCACACGGAACCACUCCCGGCUGAGGCCCCCUGGGCCCGCAGGCCUCUGGAUCCGAGGCGUCGUAGCCUCCCUGCAGGCGAUGCCCUGUACUUGAGUUUCACUCCCCCACAGCCCAGCCGAGGCCACGACCGCCUGGAUUUGCCUGUGACUAUUCGCUCAGUCCAUCGACCCUUCGAGGAUCGAGAGAGGCAGGAGCUGGGCAGCCCUGAUGAGCGGCUGCAAGAUAGCAGUGACCCUGACACCGGCAGCGAGGAGGAAGGUAGCAGCAGCCGUCUGUCUCCGCCACAUAGUCCACGAGACUUCACCCGAAUGCAGGACAUCCCGGAAGAGACUGAGAGCCGAGACGGGGAGCCUGUAGCUUCAGAGAGCUAAGGGGGCCCCUCCCCCCCUGCCCUGUGUCCCCCUUGAAGAACAUUACUGAGGGAGGCAAACCUUGGGGACUCCAAUCUGCCAAUGAUGAGGGAACAUUUGAAAGAACUGCUGAUUGUCCUUGCCAGCUCUUGGGAUCCUUGGAUACCAGGAGCCAUUUAGGAAGCUGGGGGAAUUGGGCCACAGUGCCCCCUGGUGGCAUCCAGAAGUUACACCGCAGAUGCCAAUUUUUCAUGCCUUCUUCCCUCUACUUUAGGAAAAAUUUAUUUAUUUAUUGUUUAUUAGUUAUGGAGGGAGAGGGGAAAUUUAGAGGACCAGGGACAUGGGAACCAAGCCAUAGGGAUCAGGGGGCCUUGUCCUUUAACACUACUGGGGUUUAUUCAGGCUUAUCCAUGCAGCUGCUGGGUUUUUGGCCCUGACACCCCUCCCUAGCAACAUCCGACUUUGAGGAGAGGCUGCAGCCGUAGGACCCUACUGCCCCUUCAGGAAGGGCUGUGGUCAGGGCCAUGUCCCUCCCCUUCUCCCCUCCACCUCUUACUGCUGUUCUCCCUUCUCUCUGUCUUCCAUGGAAACCCCAGGGAGAUAACCUAGCUUCCUGGGGUUGAUGGAAUAGAGGUUGAAGUGGCCAUAAUGGUUUGUUGGGGGGUGAGGGGGAAAAUCUCACAGGGACCAGAAUGUUUUUUUGUUGUCGUUGUUUUCUUUUUUGUACCAAAGCCAACUGCACGUGUUUUAUAUUUUUAAGAGAAGAUUGUAGGCAAUUAGAAAUUGCAGCCUUCUAGCUCUACAUCUCUGAAGAACUUGAGGGAUGGGGGGAACGGUGACUUCGCCCCUCAUCUGUAGUAAUGGGGGACCCAUUCUGACCUCUUCUCCAGCCAUUAGGAAAUAAAAGCUCUAGGGUGAGUUGGGAAAUCUCUGCAAACCCUGACCUCAUCCCCCACCUCAGCAACCAUGACCUGAAACCUCAGUGUGAGUGGGGGGGGAUUUUUCAACGGACCCCCCCCCCCCGCAAUGCCCGCCAGCCUCAGCCAGUUUUUUUGCCAAUUUGAUUGAUUGUAAGAAAAAAAGAAAAAAAAAGAAAAAAAAAGAUAAAGGACAGAAAAUUAAAAACCUUGAACCCUAGGAAGUGCUGUCUGUUAACGUCUGCCAGUUCUGAGGGUGCCGGCGAGCGGGAGAGCCAGCCAGUGACCUGUGUUCCUCCCAAAGGAGUCUCUUUCUCUCCCAGGCAGGGCCACUGCCUCCCUGAAGACAGGGGGCACCGACAAAAGAGCCUGUGCCAACCUUCUCUUUUGUUGUCACCUUUGACAUUCACAACGUCAAGGAUAAAAACGAACGGGCACUUAGGUUCCAAUGGCUGUUGGGGGUUCCAAUAUUGAAAAAAAAGAAAUCUUAUUUUCAUCUCAUUUGCAUGCCGUGUUCAGAAAUUGCAUCAGCCUCUGCUCCCUGCCCUCCCCGCGGUUCCUGUUCACCCUGCGCAGCACCAUUCAGCUUGCACCCCGCCCUUGUUCUUCACACUGUCAGAGCCCUGAGGUAACCUCUUUAAGACAGUUCCCUGUGCAGGCGCUGCUUAUUUGCUCUCUGACAUUUGGAGAGGCAGUGAGAGAUUAGGUAGGGUUUCAGUUCUUGUUUUUGGCUUGAUUUUUAUGCUUCCUGUUUCUGGUUAAUACUUGACUCUGGAGCUGUGGGGGAGGGUGGGGAGAGAGUCUAGGGUUGUAUAAAUGCUGGCAGCCACACACAUGGCUCCCUGGGAGCCCGUGGGGUAAGAUGAGAAGAAUGGGGCUCAUGACCUCCGCUAGAAAGAGGAAUUGAAAUCACAUGGGGUGGGAGGCCGGCCUGGGAGUCGCCAGCACCCUCCACUCCUGUAAUUCUCAGGCAUCGGCAUCUGGCCUUGACAAGGUGCUUCCUCAUCCCUUACAGGAUCUGUGAAGUGGACUCAUUCUCAUUUUCUAGAUAAGGAAACCUGGCUGCAGAGGGUUGCCAGGCCAGGAGAAGUGAGCCAGGAAAGGGCCGGCCCUCCCAGCUGCAGUCCUCCACUUCCCCUCCUUGGAUGCUCUGGCCCAAAACAGCUGAGCUCUAAGUCUCCACCAUGGCUCAGCAGCUGCCUGCAAGAAGCAACUGGGACCCAAAACCAUAAAGGCAAAACAGAGAUCUAUUCACAUCCAAAGACCACCAAGGAAGGGAUUGUAGGCUCCGCCAGCAUUCGCAGUUCCAGUGAAGGAUGGUGGUCAGGGGGAAAACAGAGAAACCUGGAGAUGCAGAGCCCAGAGCAUGGGUUCAGAGAAGCCCACAGCUUGUGGGAGAGCUGGCUGUCCCUCCUGCCACCCUUUGACCAAAAUCCCUGCCUCAUCCUUGGUCUAAAACCUGACAUACAUUUCUCCAACAUGGUGGUUCUGAGAGAUUAGUUCUUCUCUCACAUCUUCCACCACUGUAUUCACUGUCCCCUCUCUAUUCCCAUUUUUGGAAAUGCAGUCUUACUCCCUGUCCCUCCUGUUGGCAGUUUCAGAGCUCUCUGACUUGGGCUGCAGGGAGCCAGGGCCCAGCUUCUGGCCACAGCAAUGCUUCCUUUCCAUUGUACCCUCCCCUGCGCCUCCUGUCCCCUAUCCCGGAGGGUGGGUCUGCACGCACGCACGCAUGCAUUCGCCUCCUUGCAUUCACCUCCCACUUGGGCCUGUUUAAACCUUGUCAAUAUUUACCUCAGGGUUCCAUAAAGCCCAUAAAGCAGGAUGCCCCCAGAGGAGCCAAUAUCCGGGAGCCCCAGCAGGGCCAUCAGAGGAGCUGCAGGGGGUGGCAAGAGGGGGCACUUGGGUGGGGGAGGAUUUUCCAUCCUGAAUUGGCUGGGAUUAGACCUGGAGUUUUGGAACCAGUUUAAACAUCAAAGAGAGGAAAUUAAACAUCAGAAGGCUAAUUAAA